GUUCCUUUUUGCACACAUGAGCACUGAGAGUCAUACAUUCCGUUUCACAGCACAUGAAGACUUAUCCACAUAUCUGCCACUGUCCCAUUGGUCUCAAAUCUCCUCCACCCAAUCCCGUCAGCACUUCAACAAAAAAUCCAUCCUCUAUCCUUCCCCUUCAUUUACUUUGCAUCAUCGUCUUCUUCCUUUCUCUGCUCAGUAGUGAUCACUAAGGCAUAUCACCAACAAUGGCUGCAGCAGUGACUGCUUCAGUCUCCCUUCCCUCCUCCAAGUCCUCCUGUCUCCCUCACAGGUCCUCUUUGGCCUCUUCCUCAUCCUCCUUCUUCAUCUCCACUGAUAGAAUUUCCUUCAAGAAGGUUCCGUUGCACUGCCGAGAUGUCGUGUCUACAGGGUCGAGAGUGGUGUCCAUCAGAGCCCAGGUCACGACUGAGGCUCCCGCUAAGGUUGAGAAGGAGUCCAAGAAGAUGGAGGAAGGGGUGGUCGUGAACAAGUUCAAGCCCAAGAACCCUUACAUUGGCAGAUGCCUCCUCAACACAAAGAUCACCGGUGAUGAUGCGCCGGGAGAGACAUGGCACAUGGUGUUCAGCACUGAGGGUGAGGUCCCGUACAGAGAAGGUCAAUCCAUUGGAGUCAUUGCUGAUGGGGUCGACAAGAACGGGAAGCCACACAAGCUGAGGUUAUAUUCCAUUGCCAGCAGUGCCCUCGGGGAUUUCGGGGACUCCAAAACUGUUUCGCUGUGUGUGAAGCGGCUCGUUUACACGAAUGAAAAGGGAGAGCUCGUAAAAGGAGUUUGCUCAAACUUCUUGUGUGAUUUGAAACCCGGGGCAGAAGUGAUGAUCACAGGACCUGUUGGGAAGGAAAUGCUAAUGCCAAAAGACCCCAAUGCCACAAUUAUAAUGCUUGCUACGGGGACUGGAAUCGCACCAUUCAGAUCUUUCUUAUGGAAAAUGUUUUUCGAGAAGCACGAAGACUACAAGUUCAAUGGUUUGGCUUGGCUCUUCUUGGGAGUGCCCACUAGCAGCUCACUUCUGUACAAGGAGGAGUUUGAGAAGAUGGAGGAAAAGAAUCCCGAGAACUUCAGGCUGGACUUCGCAGUGAGCCGAGAGCAGACCAACGAGAAAGGGGAGAAGAUGUACAUACAAACUCGGAUGGCCCAGUACGCUGAAGAACUCUGGGAGUUGUUGAAGAAGGACAACACCUACGUCUACAUGUGCGGUCUCAAAGGCAUGGAGAAGGGAAUCGACGACAUUAUGACCUCUUUGGCUGCUAAAGAAGGGAUCGACUGGCUCGAUUACAAGAGGAGCCUGAAGAAGGCAGAACAAUGGAAUGUGGAAGUGUAUUAGAGACCUCAUUCUGUUGCUGUUGCCGCGAAAUUUUUCUAAUUUUCCCAUUUUCCUCUCUUUUAAUCCAUGAAAAAUUCCAUGUGUAGAUAUGUAAAAAGAGUCUUUUACUGUUUCCCGAUAUAUAUGACAAUGCCCUUUUGAAAAGUUAUACCGAGGAGCCAUGUACAAUAUUAAGAAUUUAAAUAAAUUAACUUCUAAGUUUGUGCAA